GCGGGAGGGCGGCGGGGCGCGGGCCGAGGCCAUGGGCGAGCGCGGUGGCGCGGGCGGCUCCCGGCGCCGGAGGGCCGGUCCGCGACCUUCGGGCCAGGGCGGCGGGCCCGCGGCGGCGGAAGAGGAGGUGCGGAACGGGGCAGCGGGCCCCGACGUGGGCGCCGGCGGAGACUCGCCGGCCCCGGACAGGGACGGAGACGCCGACGCGGGCAACGGCCAGUGGGAACUGAGGUGCCACCGUCUGCAGGACUCGCUCUUCAGCUCUGACAGCGGCUUCAGCAACUACCGGGGCAUCCUGAACUGGUGUGUGGUGAUGCUGAUCCUGAGCAAUGCAAGGCUCUUUCUGGAGAACCUCAUCAAGUAUGGCAUCCUGGUGGACCCCAUUCAGGUGGUGUCUCUGUUCCUGAAGGACCCCUACAGCUGGCCGGCCCCGUGCCUGGUUCUUGUGGCCAACGUCUUUGCCGUGGCUGCGUUCCAGGUGGAGAGACGCCUGGCAGUGGGUUCUCUGACGGAGCCAGUGGGGCUGCUGCUGCAUGUGGCCAACCUGGUCACCAUUCUCUGCUUCCCGGCGGCUGUGUCCCUGCUGGUGGAGUCCAUCACCCCAGUGGGCUCCUUGUUGGCGCUGGCCGUGCACACCAUCCUCUUCCUCAAGCUCUUCUCCUACCGGGACGUGAAUUUGUGGUGCCGCCAGCGCAGGGCCAAGGAAACUGGAAAGGCCCCUGGGGACGCAGCCCAGUCCACUGUGAGCUACCCGGACAACCUGACCUACCGUGAUCUCUACUACUUCCUCUUUGCCCCCACCCUGUGCUACGAGCUCAAUUUUCCCCGCUCCCCGCGCAUCCGGAAGCGCUUCCUGCUGCGGCGGCUCCUGGAGAUGCUCUUCUUCACACAGCUCCAGGUGGGGCUGAUCCAGCAGUGGAUGGUCCCCACCAUCCAGAACUCCAUGAAGCCCUUCAAGGACAUGGACUACUCACGCAUCAUUGAGCGCCUGCUGAAGCUGGCGGUCCCCAACCAUCUCAUCUGGCUCGUAUUCUUCUACUGGCUCUUCCACUCGUGCCUCAAUGCCGUGGGCGAGCUCAUGCAGUUUGGAGACCGCGAGUUCUACCGGGACUGGUGGAACUCGGAAUCUGUCACCUAUUUCUGGCAGAACUGGAACAUCCCGGUGCACAAGUGGUGUAGCAGGCAUUUCUACAAGCCCAUGAUCCGGCGGGGCAGCAGCAGGUGGGUGGCCAGGACAGGUGUGUUCCUGGCUUCAGCCUUCUUCCACGAGUACCUGGUGAGCAUCCCCCUGCGCAUGUUCCGCCUCUGGGCGUUCACAGGCAUGAUGGCUCAGCUGCCGCUGGCCUGGCUCGUGGGCCGCUUCUUCCGGGGCAACUACGGCAAUGCGGCUGUGUGGCUGACGCUCAUCAUCGGACAGCCAGUGGCUGUGCUCAUGUAUGUCCACGACUACUACGUCCUCAACCACGAGGCCCCGACGGCGGCCUGAGCUGCCCCCGACCUGCCCUGGAAAGGCUUCGCCCCCAUGGGGCCUCCUGGGCUUCCCUCAGGGAAGGACACUGACCAGGACACCCUCAGCUGUGCAGGGCUGGGUGCCCCUGCCUGGUCAGUGUGAAUAAAGUGCUGCCCACAGCAACUCCCUCUGCC